GCUACGGCUGCACCUGCAGAAAGCCAAGGCGUCAGCUGCAGCUGCUUCUGCUGCUGCCACGUCAGCUGGCAGCAACGGCGCAGGCGGCGGCAUGUUGGGACGGCUGUCGUCGUUUGGGUCGGAGGACAGCCUGGUGGAGCUGAUCAGCGCUCUGAAGGGUGCGGAGGUUACUGAAGGCGGCGGUGGCCCCUACGAUGCGGCAAACAGCAAGGGCUCUUCUCCUGCUGCUGCUGCUGCUGGUGUUGUUGUUGUUGGUGGUAGUGGUAGUGGUGUGGCUGCUGCUGGUAGCUCACGCGCCAAGACCCCACCAGUUGUGAGCAUUCCAGCAGCUGCGGAUCGCUCUGAAGCCGUCACUCCCCCACCUGUUGUUGGUGGGCCGCCGCAUAUGAAGUCUCCGGCGGGUGCGGGCCCACCUUCACCGGUUAGCCCGGAGCGGGGCGUCCUCGCCAGCAUGAGCAACCUUAGCGCUGCUGAUCCAGGCGAUAUGGGCGCCCCCGGCAGUGGCAGCGGCAGGCCCACCAGCAGCAGCGGCGUCACUCGAGACAGGGAGAGGGAGAAGGAACACAAGCACUGGCACCAUGACACUCACAUUCCGCUGGAGGGUCGGGCGCUGUUUCUGUUGGGACCGGAGAACAAGCUCCGUCGCAGAGUGUACGAUAUCGUAUGCAGCAGGGCAUUUGAGUACUCUCUGUUUGCGGUGAUCGUGGUCAACUGCGGACUGAUGACGCUAGAAGCGCCCGGUGUGGAUCCGGACUCCACUCUGGGGCGAUUCCUGUUCUGGGGCAACACGGCGUGUACGGUGGUGUUUGCGACGGAGAUGUGCGCCAAGGUGUUUGCGUGGAGCUUUUUUUGGUACAUCAGGGACAUGACAAACCAGGUGGAUCUGCUCGUGGUGAUCGCCGGGCUGUUGGAGAUGGCCCUCACGUCCUCGGGUGUGAAGGUUGUUGCCGCGCUGCGUGUGCUGCGGGCGCUGAAGCCGCUGCGGCUGCUGACCCGUGGGUCUGCCGGCAUGCGGCUGGUGUUCAAGAGCGUGGCCUUGAGCCUGGGCGCUAUGGCACACGUCUCUGUUCUGUGUGUCCUGUUUUUGGCGGUGUUUGCAAUCCUCGGAGUGCAGCUCUUCAGCGGCAAGAUGCACAGUUGUAACGACACGUCUGUUGACCACCGCGAGCAGUGUGUUGGGACCUUCAUACACCCCACCACACACGCCAUGCUGGAGCGGUCGUGGCGCAACGCAUGGCCCAACUUCGAUAACGUGGGCAACGCGCUGCUAGCUUGCUUCGUGGUGGCUUCCCUGAACGGCUACUCAGACCUCAUGCGGGCGGCAAUGAGCGCACGCGGCGGGGACGGACAACAGCCCCGUGACAACUCCAACCCGGGGGCGUUCUUCUGGUUUGUUGCCUUCACAGUCGUGGUUUCCUUCACGCUCCUGAACCUGUACGUGGGAGUCAUCUUCAGUCAGUUCUCACGCAUCCGAAACAUGAGCACCACAGGCUCGGCCUUCCUCACCGCACAACAACAGGAAUGGGUGGAGAUGUGCAAGCAGGUCUUCCGGCUGCGUCCUCCCGACAAGAGCGACCUUCCUCGGGGCCGCAUGCGUGUGAGGGUACGGCGGUUGGUCACCUCCACCGCCUACGAACGCCUCAUGAUGGGCGUGAUUCUGGCUAAUGCAGCAGUGCUGGCUUCCACCUGGUGGGGCCAGUCGCACACAGCAGAUCUGGUGCAGUUUCGCCUGAACACCGCCUUCAUCUUCAUCUACACGUUGGAAGCGGGCAUGAAGCUGUACGGCUGCGGCACGGCGGUCUACCUUCGUGACCCGUGGAACCGCUUCGAUGCCAUUCUGGUUGUGGCUGGGCUUGUAGAUGCGGUACUGGGUUGGGUGGGGUCGACGGGUUGGGGCGGACUGCUGGGGAACAGCGGCGGCGGACUGGGUUUCCUUCGGGUGCUACGGGCGGUGCGGCUGCAGCGCCUUGUGAGGGUCGUUCGACUGGCCCGACAGAGCAAGGGUAUCAAGACGCUCUUCCAAUCGUUGGUCAUGUCGUUGCCCGCUUUCGGGAACGUGGGCGCGCUGAUCGGCUUGCUGCUCUUCAUGUACGCCUACAUUGGCGUGCAGCUGUUCGGCCGGGUUCGAAUCCAGGCCAGCUCCUCCAUCAACAACGCGGCCAACUUCUCCAACUUUGGAUACGCGCUGAGUGUGCUGCUGAGGGUGGCCACGGGGGACAACUGGACGGACAUCAUGUACGGCUGCAUGGUCCAGCCCCCCGACUGUGAUCGUGCCGCCGGGGAUUGCGGCAGCUGGCUGGCGUUGCCGUACUUCCUAACGUACUUUUUGCUCAUCGCCGUCAUCAUGCUCAACCUCUUCACCGCCGUCAUUAUUGAGAAUUUUGAGAAGACGCACGAGCAGGACGCCUGGAGGCUCACUCCGCAGGCCCUCGAGGAGUUUGUGACGUUGUGGUCCGAGUACGAUGAUGGUUCCGGCGCCAUCACCCCUCAGGAGCUAGAGGAGCUGCUGUUGCGAUUGGAGCCACCGCUAGGGCUGGGGCCGCACGCGGACAACAAGGACGUGCUACGGUUCGUGUACGAGCUAGACAUUCCGUUGGUGGACGGCAGAGUGCCCUUCCACAAGACCGCCUUUGAGCUCGUACGGCGGAUCAGUCAGGCCGAAAUCCCCGAGGGGCAGCUCAAGGACCAAAUGGAGGCGCUCGUGGAGGCUUUCUUCCGAGACCUCGAGCUCGCGCAGCAGCAGGACGCUCAGAUGCGCUUCUCCGUCGCUGUCAGUGUGCUGCUCAUUCAGCGCCGCUGGCGAUCCCGCAUGCGCGCCAACCGUCUGCGCAAGAAGCGAGAGUGGCGCGAGGCACGGCGUGGGGCGCCCAUCUAUUCGGAACUGGCGACGGCGGCGGCUGCGAGCAAUGUGGCGGCGGCGUGGAGGGGUACCCGGACGGCGGCGGUGGAUGCCGUGGAGGCGUCGAGGCGACAGGCGGCGGCGCGGGAAGCAGCCUGGGCUGAAGCUCGGCGCUUCGCUAGCAUGAAGCGACAGAAGACAGCAGACUUCAGCCUGAGACCCUCUGCCACAUCCAUCCAAGCCACAGCGGCGGCCAUAACGCCUGCAGCAGGGCCUGCAAGGCCCCUGCCGCCAUCAACUGCGACGACGAUGACGGCCGCGGCAAUGGCGCUGCGAUGGCGCUUCAACCCGGACAUCACGCCGCCGGCGGUGAUGGCGGCGCUUGCUGCCGCCACCGCCGCCAACAAAACCGCCAGCGCCGCCGCCACAGCAGCGCAGCAACAGCAACAACAGCAGUCCAGAAGCAAUGACGUAAGCCUGUACGGCCGAUUGCGGCGCGCAUUAACAAUGCGGGGUGGACUCCGGGACAGUGUCGACGGCGGCGGCGUUCUUAGCGGCAGCGGCGCCGCCGCCGCGGCGGCCAAGAAGACAAUGGAAACCGAGGUUGACGAUGAAGCUGAGAUGCCAUCGCAGCAGCAGCAGCAGCAGCAGCAGCAGCAGCAGCAGCAGCAGCGUGCUGGCUCGGUGGCCAUCCCCGGCGGCGGUGCGUUGGCGCUAGUACGACGACUGUUGCCGAUGCCACAGAACAGCCGGUUCACGGGAAGCACUGCACGCGGCCCGUUGAACGCUGGAAGCCAGAAUAAGCGUGGGGCCUUCAAAGGUAAGGACAAUGAAGGGGAGGCACUAUCGCUGCAGAGCGCGUGGCUACCUGGAACAGCCGGGACAGCGGAUCGGGGAGCCGCGCAGAGACGAG